UUUUUUCAGCUCGAAGGAAUACGGCAACAAACGCAAGGUUUGUGCCACAUCUCUCAGCUCAAGAACGAACGAGUGAAUGCUGUUGCUGAUGUGCUUAGUAGAGGUCAAAAAGUGAAAGUCAAAGUUUUGAAAAUGGAAGGUGGAAAAGUGUCUCUGUCUCUGAAGGAAGUGGAUCAAGAGACCGGAGAAGAUCUCAAUCCUCAGGAAGCUCCACUUCCCGUGGACGCUGUCGGCGUUAGCGAUCUGCGAAAUCCAGAAGCUCCAUGGGUGAAUCCUGAAAGCUCAUCUGGCGUUAAUGGAACCGUAGCUACUGGAACAAGUAAGAGCCGUGUUCGAAUGUCUACUCCGGAAAGGUGGGAAUGGCAACAAAUGAUGGGCGCUGGCGUGGUCACCAACAUGGAUCGUCCAGAUUUUGAUGAAGAGUCUGGAGUUUUGAGAGGAGAAGAAGAAGAAAGUGAUGGCGAGGAUUACGAGGUUGAAAUCGUGGAGGACGAACCAGAAUUCCUGCGUGGAUAUGGUAAGGGUAAUCAGGAGAUUGAACCUGUCAAGGUGGUCAAGAACCCUGAUGGAAGCAUGGCUCAAGCUGCUCUCAUGCAGAGUGCUCUAUCGAAAGAGCGAAGGGAAGCAAAAAUUCAAGCAAAUCGUGAGAAAGAUGCCGAAAGAAGUAGCGGUUUGAAGUCUGUCAGCACGCGCAUACUUGAUCCGAUGCAAGAAAGAGACGUGGAUAAUACUGAUGACAGAGGGCCGAUGAGACGAGACAGGGACAUGCCAGAAUGGAUGAAACAUGUCACAGCAGGAGGAAAGGCCACUUACGGCAAACGCACGAAUCUGAGCAUGAAAGAACAGCGGGAGUCCUUACCCAUUUUCGGCUUAAAAAAAGCCUUGUUACAAGCCAUGUCUGAUAAUCAAAUACUAGUUGUAAUUGGAGAAACUGGAUCGGGUAAAACUACUCAGAUAACGCAGUAUGCUGUGGAAGCAGGAUUCGCCCGCAAAGGGCGGAUAGGUUGUACGCAGCCUAGACGUGUGGCCGCUAUGUCUGUCGCAAAGAGAGUUGCCGAAGAGUUUGGCGCUAAGUUAGGUCAGGAAGUAGGAUACACCAUACGUUUCGAAGAUUGCACUAGGUAUCAUUCU